AUGGCGGGGGGCUCAGCUAUCAAUGUCUUCAAAUUCAACACUGGAGGUCUGCCCAAGGAGACACUCAACGCAAAGUUAUGGUUUGCCGUGUUUGCGUUCGGUCUGAUGGGGGCCGCCCGUGGUGUUGACGAGGGUCUCAUCACGGGUGUCUUCAACUCUCAUGCCUUCAAACAAUCUAUCGGUAUUGAUGAUCUUGAUUCGAGUGAGCUUGCGAGCAUCAAGGGUACCAUUUCCUCCAUGGUUCAGCUUGGUAGUGUUGCUGGGGCUUUAUUUGCAUUCGUCGUUUGUGACCGUAUCGGUCGUGUCUGGGCUACUCGCCAGCUCUGUGUUUUUUGGAUCGUCGGUAUCGCCAUCUUCAUCGGAAACAAUGGUAAUUUAGGUGCCGUCUAUGCUGGUCGGUUCGUUGCUGGUAUUGGAAUUGGACAGACUUGCGUCGUGGGUCCAAUUUAUCUGUCUGAGAUUUCACCUGCACCUAUCCGAGGUCUGUGUACUUGUAUGUUUACGGGUGCUGUAUACCUUGGAAUUAUGAUUGCCUACUUUGCCAACUGGGGCGCCCAAAUCCAUAUGGCUGAUACUUUCAACCGCUGGGCUGUGCCUACCUCGCUUCACCUUAUGUUCGCCGGUAUCAUCUUGAUUCUCACCCUUUUCCAACUUGAGUCGCCUCGCUUUUACAUUAAGCAGGGCAAACGAGAAAAGGCCCUUGAAUCUCUUUGCAAGCUUCGUGGCCUACCGGCAACACACCCUUAUGUCCUCGACGAGAUCACCGAGAUGGACGUUGCCUUUCAAGAAGAGAUGGAGGCAACUUCUGGCAUGGGGUGGAAAGGCCUGUUCAAGGAGAUCCUCGGUAUCAAGCGCAACUCUUAUCGACUAUUCCUCACCAAUCUCGCUCAGAACAUGGCCUGCUGGUCCGGUGGCUCUGCAAUUACGGUGUACGCCCCGGAUUUGUUCACGCUGGUCGGCAUUACCGGUCAAGAGCAGUCUCUGUUCUCGACCGUUGUCUUCGGUGUUGUGAAGUUUGUCGCGGCGAUCAUCUGCGCUCUCUUUUUGGUUGAUAUGGCCGGCCGAAAGCGAUCUCUGAUCAUCGGCAUUGUUCUACAGACUAUCGCCAUGUUUUACAUUGCCAUCUUCCUCAACCUUGUUCCCAUUGCGAAUAACCCUGAUUUCACCCCCAACGAGACUCAGAAUCGCGCAUCCACCGCUGCCAUUGCCUUCAUCUACAUCUCCGGUGUCGGGUGGGCCCUCGGGUGGAACAGUGGUCAAUACCUGUUGUCGUCUGAGCUAUUCCCCCUCCGCAUUCGGGGUAUUUGCUCCUCUAUCACCAUGGCUAUGCAUUUCAUCUGUCAGUAUGCUGUGAAUCGCGCCCUACCAGAGAUGCUGCUUGAACAUGGGGGUCUCGGUCCCGAUGGAACAUUCUACUUCUUUGGUGUCAUUUCCAUUCUUGGUGGAAUUUGGGUCUGGCUCUUUGUUCCCGAGGCGGCUGGCCGCAGUCUGGAAACCAUUGAUAAGAUGUUCGAUUUGCCCUGGUACAAGAUUGGUCUGUUCGGUCGCAAGUUUGCAGAAGAAUAUGAUCGGGAGCAGGAGCGUAUCUAUCAGGAUGAGAAGAAGGAUGGGGGUGUUGUUGUGUCUCAUAACGAGACUGCAUGA